CCUGCAGUGAUCUCUUGGUGCGUUCCGAAAAAAGGCAUGCAUUGGCUCGGCAGUACACCGUUCCUGAUCGUUGCUGCCGUUGUAGGCGUCGCACAAUCCUUUUUGUGGUGGCCACUCUACAUCAAAAAGCACCAAUGGCUGCACAGCAACAACAACAACAUUUUGCUUCCAACGGCGCCAUCGUUCCCACCAGAAUCGCCAAAGCCGCCGCCGCCGCCGGCGCCGCCAUCAAGUCUACCAGAUGCGGUGGUGAGCUAUAGGACAGUGUACGAUUUUGUAGUUGUUGGCGGUGGUACGGCUGGUUCGGUUAUCGCUGCCCGGUUGGCCGAGUUACAGCAGUGGAAUAUAUUGCUAGUUGAAGCUGGUGACGGUCCGAAAGAUGGCCAGGAUGUAAGCUGGAAUGUUAGAGCAGAACCUCAGAUGCACGCAUGUCACGGAGCACGCGAUCACCGGUGCGAAAUACCGGCCGGUAAGGGCCUGGGAGGAAAUACUCUGAUCAACAACAUGCUGUACGUCAGGGGAAGUGGAGAAGAUUAUGAUACGUGGGCCAGGCAAGGCAAUACGGAAUGGUCCUAUCGGAACUUACUGCCAUACUUCUUAAAACUCGAAAAUUAUCGCUACAACGUUUCAACCGACUUUACCGUGCGGCAACAGCGUGGUAAAGGUGGACCGGUUCCGAUAUUCCGAUUGGACGACAAAUCCUCCCUCGUACAAACGUUUGUGGCCGCUUGCAAUCGUUUCGGUUUAAGAACGACCGAUUACAACACCGAAACGAACCAAACCGUCGAUUACGUACAGGUAACAAAUCGCCGCGGAAGACGCAUUACAGCUACCGACGCGUACAUUCGUCCCUACAAGCAACUUUUUACCAACCUACAUAUAAUGACGUCAGCACGAGUUACCAAGGUGUUAAUCAACUCCCGGACCAAGCAAGCGGUAGGCGUGAAAGUACUUGUUAAAGGCCAGGAACGUAAAAUACGUGCAACGAAAGAGGUAAUCCUUUCGGCAGGACCCAUCUUUACCCCACAACUCCUACUAUUGUCCGGUGUUGGGCCAAAAGAGCAGCUGGAUGGGCUGGGCAUACCGGUGCGUGAAGAUCUACCGGUCGGUAAAAAUAUGAACCUUCGAUUCGUAUCGUUUCCUAUACAUCUUGCAACGAAUAGAACGUUACCGUCAGCUGUAUCACCAAAGAAGUUGGAAGCAAUAGCAUUUCUAAACACUGCACCACAAACCAACCCUACCGAACCGAGUCAUGAGAUCCUGUUCCAGUAUGAACCAAAAGAUACACGAGAGUAUUUCUCACUCGGCCUCAUCCACUUAAAGCCGGCAUCGAAAGGUUUCCUGAAGCUUAGCACAACGAACCCUAGCGAUAACCCGUUAGUUUACACAAAUUUUCUUUCGGAUCCAAACGAUAUAGAAGACAUUUUGCGCGGUAUCAAGGAAUGUCUCAAGUUGCUUCACAGUGAGGAGUUUGCAAAGCUUGGUUUACGGACAAGAAAACUACAAGCUCCGCCUUGUGAUCAACUACGGUACGGUACGGACGAUUACUGGCGCUGUGUGGUACGGCACGUAGGCCAUGCAGCAGAUCAACCGUACGGCACCUGUCCGAUGGGUAGGAGAGAAAACGGUCAAUCCGUCGUAUCGCCAGAGUUAAAAGUACAUGGCAUUGAAAACCUUCGAAUAGUUGAUGCGAGUGUUAUGCUGCCGGUCUCCAACGGUCAUACACAGGCUACGGUGUACAUGAUAGCGGAAAAGGCGUCUGAUAUGAUCAAAAAUGCUUGGGACUGGGGCAACGAACUAGAACACAGCUUGGAUCUGCCUUUACGUUUAAGUCCAGCAGCUGCAGCAUUCGAUUGAAACACGGUUGCCCCUAAAUGUAUGCAGCAAGCAUUACACACGUGAAGCGUUUCCAGAACUGGUAUAAUUCAAAGCGAGGGUAAUUUGAAACCGCUUUACUAAGGUUAGAAUUAACGGAAAAAAUAAUUGUAAAUGACUAGGUGUUUAGUGGAAAAAGCUGCUUAAUUAUAACAUAACGUUUGUUUUAAAGAAAUCCUCCAAACGAUUAGAAAGAUUGCCACAAGUAAUAAAAUUUGUUAAAAUAAUCUAGACAAAAACAAGUUAUAAGGCCCAAAACCAAGAAAUAAAUUAUUUCCUAUGAGGUACUAAUCAAAGUGGCUUGCAACAUAACAUACGUGUCAUGAACUAUAGUCAUGUUUUGGUUUGCCGCAUUUACAUUUCCGGAGCAAAAUGUAACCUUCAGCCAUGAUUAAACGCUUGGAUCCAAGGCAUCGCACCGUCUUGUCAAGAGCUAUGUUAAAUAGACCAUAAACAUAC